CCCGAAUUCGUUUCUUUCCCAUCUGCGAUUUUCCUUCCCUUCCCUCCCGACCUUCUCCACUUGCGAGCGGCGGACCCGAGAUCGCGUCUCCUCCUCCUUCUUCCUCUCUUGCUUGAAUCUGCUACUGCAUGACAGCGUAAGGCCGAGCGAGGAGCUUCCAUUUGUCUAGCGUUCGACGUUUCUUCUCCAUCUCCUUCGUCUUCAAGUUCUCGGCUUCCCCUUCUCUUUCAUCUUCAAGUUCUCGGCCUGUCGCCACUGUUGCUCGCCGCUGCUCGGCACUUCCGUCCCUACUGUACCAGAUAAGUGAUCUCAUCCAAUCAGAACGAAGAUGUUUCUAACAAGGACUGAGUAUGACCGUGGAGUCAAUACGUUUUCUCCUGAAGGCCGGCUUUUUCAGGUUGAAUAUGCAAUUGAGGCCAUCAAGCUGGGAUCAACUGCAAUUGGGUUGAAGACAAAAGAAGGUGUUGUCCUUGCAGUUGAAAAGCGUAUCACUUCACCCCUGUUGGAGCCAAGCAGUGUUGAGAAAAUUAUGGAAAUUGAUCAGCACAUAGGUUGUGCAAUGAGUGGACUAAUUGCUGAUGCUCGAACACUUGUUGAGCAUGCACGAGUGGAAACUCAGAAUCAUAGGUUCUCCUAUGGGGAGCCAAUGACUGUAGAGUCUACAACCCAAGCUCUAUGUGAUCUAGCCUUGCGAUUUGGUGAAGGCGAUGAAGAAUCAAUGUCACGACCCUUUGGAGUGUCUCUCCUCAUUGCAGGCCAUGAUGAGAAUGGACCUAGUUUAUAUUAUACUGAUCCGUCGGGAACAUUUUGGCAAUGCAAUGCUAAAGCUAUUGGUUCAGGUUCAGAAGGAGCAGACAGUUCUCUGCAAGAACAAUACAACAAGGACCUAACUCUUCAAGAAGCUGAGACUAUCGCUCUAUCCAUUCUCAAGCAAGUUAUGGAAGAGAAGGUGACUCCCAAUAACGUUGACAUUGCUAAGGUGGCUCCGAGGUACCAUCUAUAUUCUCCCUCGGAAGUGGAAGCUGUGAUAAGUCGCCUAUGAUUGCCCUUCUGCAUAAAAUUCGCUGUCGUUAAUUUUGUUGCUCCUUCAUUGUGCCUUCAUCUUCAUCAGUCUUGCGUGGAAAGCACAUAAUCUGGCAAUACGACUUGGAGGAGUUAUGGUUUUAAAGUUGCAUAAUUUGUUUGAUGCUGCUCGUGAAUUUGCGGAAUGAUAUACUCGUGAAUUUGUAGAAUGUUAUCAAGUUAAACUCUUAAAACUAUUUAGAGUUUGGGAGAAGUUGCAACUCAUGGGACCGUUUGACUCUUUUAGAUCUUUCCUUCUUUCAUGUCUCUUCGUAGGAGAAUUUGACCCAA